GGGAUAAAAGUAGAAGAAACUAUGUUAUCUUACAAGCAUGUUUAACAAACAUAUCAGAGUAAAUAAUUUGUAAAUAUUUGUGAUAGAAGUACUGAUAUUGUCUCCAAUAUGACCGGACUUUUGAAGUUAAAUUCUUCCGUCCUGCGACCGAAAAGGAAAGCGACGUUAACAGGAUUUCUACUGGCUUGUAUUAUUGGAGCUUUAGAUGCCAAUUUUAUAAACAACCCGCCGAGCACGUGGUAUGACGGGUACAUAAAAUGUCGACACAAUAAUCAGAACAUGUUAAACUGGUGGAUGUGGGAGGAUGGAACAACGGACCUGAACAUACAAUAUCCCGUUUGGCUCUACGGCUUAGAAGUGCGAAUCCACAACAAAAUUUCAGACAAAUUUUUCAAACUCGACCAAUUACACAACACCAGGACCGCCUAUGCUCGUUGCGAGGCUGGUAAGUAA